AAAAAAAAGGUUCCAGGGAUUCACAAGACGAAAAUCAAAUGGAGGAUGAGCUUGAAAGCUUCAUCAAGGUAGGGAUUUUGACUAUAAUUUCCCUUUCUUGCUGCUUCUACCUAUCAUCAAAACUCCCCAAAGGCAUUUUCAGGCUUAUUUCUUUGACCCCAAUCUUCAUCCUCUUCAUUUACAUCCCUCUCACCAUCCCCUCCGCCCAUAUCGGCGGCAUCACCGCCUUCUUCCUCGCUUGGCUCUGCAAUUUCAAGCUCCUCCUCUUUGCUUUCGACCAACCACCGCUCUCACCGCCGCCACCAAGCCUUUUCCGUUUCAUUUCCUUAGCUUCUCUCCCCAUUAAACCCAAAGCAGCAGCCCCGUCUCGAAGCAAAUCUAAACCACCCGAUAGAUCAAAAUCAAUUUUGUUUGCCAUAAAAGUUCUAAUAUUAGCUCUACUUUACCAUUCUUAUUACUACAAACAGUAUCUCCAUAAAAAUGUGGUUCUAGCGAUGUACUGUGUCCACACCUAUAUCGAGGUUGAGCUCAUCCUAGCCUUGGCCGCACUCCCGGCUCGAGCCAUCUUUGGGUUCGAGCUCGAGCCACAGUUCAACGAACCCUACCUAGCCACCUCUUUACAAGAUUUCUGGGGCCGUAGAUGGAACCUCAUGGUUACUAGCAUUCUACGCCCCACCGUAUAUUACCCCAUACGUCGUGUUUCGGCUCGGGUACUCGGACCGAUGUGGGUUUUCUUGCCGGCGGUCGUCGCCGUGUUCGUGGUCUCCGGUUUGAUGCAUGAGUUGAUUUAUUAUUACUUGACUCGCGUGGCUCCAACUUGGGAGGUAACGUGGUUUUUCAUCUUGCAUGGAGUGGCGGUGGCGGUGGAAGUGGCAGUGAAGAAGGCGAUGCCCGAGAAAAUGAGGUUACACCCGGUGGUUUCCGGGCCGUUGGCUUUGGGCUUUGUGGUGGCCUCCGCUUUUUGGUUGUUUUUUCCGCAGUUGGUGAGGAACGGUGUAGAUGAGAGAGUGAUUGGAGAUUACUUCAAGUUGGUGGAUUUUUUCAAGGGAUUGCUUCCAUCUUAAUUACUAAUAACUUCAUAUUUUAUUGGGAGGUAUAAUUGACUACCAUAUUAAUCAAUAAAAAUCAAUUUACAUUUUAA